AUGGAUGGUAUUCGUAACCUUUUGGAAAGUGUAAUCCAAGAAAUUGGAAAUAAAUGGAAGGACGUAGAAAAAGAGUUGAAAACAUUAAAGGAGAAUAAUCUGAAUUUAGUUGAACAAGUUCAAACGCUAACUGAAGCAUUGAAGAAGGCCCGUCAACGUGCCAAAAAAGAUAGAGAGAACUAUCUGAUUAAAGAAACGGAAUGGAGGCGGUACACGGAAAAACUAUUAAAUAGACAAAAAUCUAUUCCAAAUUGUGAGAUGGGGGUCCUGGUGGAUUUAUUACAGUCUGAUAAAAUUCUUGAUCCAGAAUUAUCAGAUUCGACAAAUAACAAAAAAAGAAAGCACGGUCCAAUUUCAGAAGAUGAAUUAAAUGCCGUAGAUGAAAGUACAGAAAAGCAAAUUCAAGAUGAUGAUGCAACAAUAACGGAGAAUGAUACACAUAAACCAAUGAAACUAAAAAAAUUUAAUAAGAAAAGGCAGCGAUACAGACACCACCUGACUGGGACCACAAACUGCAAUCUACCGGUCGUAGAUAGUCAUCAUAACGAUUUUAAAAUAGAUAUAACUGAAAGUGUCCCUAUUAUUGAUUCGCAAGCAAGCAUAGACUUGACGAUGACCCAGCCGUCAUCACCGGUUUAUAAGCCUAGAGAAGGUAGAUUAGUUGCUUGUUGUCCUGAUAUGAUUGAAGACGAAAUCAAAGAAAAAGAGGAAGAGAUAGCCGACAAUGAUAUAACUCUAAGUGGCAUUCAUGAUGCUAACAACAAUUACAUUGACCAAAAUGAGACGAAAUCAUUCAAUGAUUUAAAUAAAGGCCUCCGUAACACUAACGAAAAUUAUGAGAACGAAUUACACUGUGUAACUGAUGAAGCCGAAGGACUACAGAAAUCUUCCGACAAUCUUAGCGACAUAGAUUCGAAUUUGGAAGAACUUGGCAAUACAAUUACCGUGAAAAAUAAUGGAGACGCGAUCGAACUUAUAAGUCUAACAAAACGAAAUAGUCCAAAAACACCAGAAAGUAUCCGAGAUACUGAAAUGAAAAUCAAAUUGCCUAUCACAACGAUCGAUCAAUCUUUUAAGAAUCAUGGCAAGAAGCCAAAUUUUAAGUACUCUGAAACAGUCCGAAAGAAGAACGAACGUAGACAAUUAGAUGGGCAUGCGUGUGACUUGUGCAAGAAGUAUUACUCAGGGUUAGGUUUGAGUGAAAAAGAAUUACGUGAAAGAAUGAAAAACUGCUCUAGGCAUCGAGCUGUAUGCAGCAGACCAGAUACUCCUCCCGAUUUCUGGUCAACAGACUUUCCUGACACGCAGACAUUAAUCGAGAAGCGAAUGCUACUAAGAGCAGCUAACAAUAAAGUAAACAUAUCGGAUGGCAAAACUGUCUGA